ACGAAGGCCAUGCCACCGUUUAUAAUUACGCUGACUCUUCUACUGAUUGGCACCAUCGUGGGCCUCUUCGGUCACCGUAGAAAUGAUGUGAAGAUCGUCAUAAGUGCUAUCUUUUUCACGCUAUCAGGUCUGACGUGUGCCGUCGCCAUCAUCAUCUACAUAUCAGCGAUUAACGACGAGGCGACGUACGCUAACAAGAAGAAGACGGUUGACAACCGGCCGCUGUUCCAGUACUGGUACGGCUGGUCGUUCUUCGUCACGCUCACGGCCUUCAUUAUGUCACAGCUAGCCGCUGUCGUCAACAUCUCCGUCUACCUACAGACGUACACGACCAGCGUAGAGAACAUGGCUCGCAUCAUACCCGGCAUAUCACGCAAGGCGCGCGAGAUGGGCAUGCCCAUCAACGAAGACGACCACCUACAGAUGGCGUGCGCGUAGCGCAGGGGCCGCCUCACGUGACUACACGG